GCUUAAACAAAAUGAAGCAGGUGUACUUACAGCCAGGCAAUAAGCUGGUAUAUGAGAUCGAAUUUGAAGAUCCAUACUCAGAAAGAGUGAAAGUAAUCAGGAUAGAUAAAGAAGAUGAAGGAGAGUUUUGGAAUAAAGUGCCUGCUUCGCAGGUAGACAAGCCAUCCAAGGAGCUAUGCUUUAGAAAUUAUAUUCCUCCACAAGUAUCGAUUGAUACUCCUGAUAAUAUCUUCUGUAAGACUCAGACUUACUUGUUUGGGUGCCAAAUUGAUCGAAACAAGCUGCAAAAGAACUCAAAAUAUUGAUACAAGAUUUACAAUGCAGCUGAGGAUCAGGCUAAUCCCUUAUUUUGCUUAGAGCUAUUACCAGAUAUGCUCCCCAAGGUGCGACUAAACUAUGGAGUCUGUGCUUUCAAGAUUGAUGGAAAGGAUAAAAUACUUCUAAUCGGAGGAAACAUCUCUAAUUUCAGGAAUUAUGGUAGCUACAGGAGUCAUUUAUACUCAGAUUGCCUUUUAUAUCAUGUCGAUGAUGGAUACUUUGAAGAGGACGACUUUGAUCUGAGCCUUUCUUCUCCAAAAGACUGCACUACUGCUUUAGUUCUUGAUGACAAAUAUGUUUAUUCUUUCUUUGGAAGAACACUCAAGAUUACAAAUGAAGAUGACUUUUUAAGAAGUAAUUCAAAAUAUUACGAAUACUGCAAGAACAUUGAAAGAUGGGAAAUCAACAGCCAAGGAGGAGACUUUACAAACCUCAAAAUUAAAUUUGAUGAAAAAGUUGAGAAGAUUCUCAAACCUCUGGUAAUCCCACAAGAUAACAACUCUUUCCUUAUUGUGGGUGGAGUUCGGGGUAACCAAACACCUUGAUCUCAAGUAUGAGCUUUAAAAAUUGACCAACAAGCUUUUUCAGAAGAUGAAAUAGAUGACGAUAAUUCUUCGAAUGAAAAGGAUAGAAUUGAUGCUGUUAUAUCUCCGUUAGUAAUUCAAGAAAUUGGAGCUGCUCAAGCUACUCAAGGCAAUGAGGAACCAACUCCAAUAAAGCUAAAUGUACCUCUGUCCUUUACAUCAAACAGCUUAAUACAAAAGGAUGGGUAUGUUUCGGCUAUUGGCUUUAAUGCAUCAGGAAGAGCUUGGUGUUUCAAGGGUGAUCUAGAAAAGAACAAGUUUAUAUCAAAAUGUUUGCUGUAA